AUGAGCAUCCGGUCCUGGGCAAGCGGAGCGAUUGCCUACCCGCAAAUCAUGUGCCACCAGCGAAGAGUCGUGAGGGACAAGGCCCAGGCCAACGAGCCGUCAUCAAUGCUGGAUGUCCUCUCCCGAUUCCGGUACACCGAUGCCACUGAUCCGCGGGACAAGAUAUACGCCCUCCUCAGUCUCACGUCGAAUAGACUCGGUGUCAAGGCAGACUAUAGCCUCUACACAAAGGCCAUCUACAUCGACUGCGUGAAAAACUUUGCCCACCCCGGCCAAGCGAGCAUACUCUUCGCGCAGAGGUCCAUCUUCAACGCUGGCGGCGCCGAGGUGGACUUGCCGCUCUCCAUCUCCGAGGGCACGCUGCGGCUCGCGGGCUACAAAGUCGACACCCUAUCCCAUGUCUCGAGGUAUAGUCGGCAAAACCAGCACUCUAUGCCCUACCCCCCCGGCGCGAACUAUUGUCUGCAGUGGAUGCCAGACGACCUCAUCCGGGCGGCAAUCCGCAUCGGCAACUCCUCGCUAUACUCGUUUCUCAAGACAAACCACCCGGGCUCGAGUGCCUGCGACGUCUCCAACUUCCCAGCCUUGUUUGAAGCCUUCUGGCGCACCAUGAUGAUGGACGUGAAGCGCUACCCAAUGGCUCGCCUCACGAGCUCCGACAUCGAGGAGCUGACGCUACGGUUUACGAAAUGGAUUACCACGCCUCUGGAUAGCAACAGAGACAUCGACAUCGACUUCAGAGUCCAAGACGCCGUGUUUGAGUGGUAUACGUGGGAUUUCGCCGUGACCAAGUGCGGGAACUACUGCAGGGUCCCGCACGGAACCCAAGACGGCGACUGGAUCACGGUGCUGAAGGGCGCGAAGGUGCCGCUUGUCCUGAGGCCCGUCCCAUCCGGACAUGAAGGUGCAAACGAGGCGAACGGGGACUUCAUAUUCGUGGGCUCAUGCUACGUCCACGGAUUCAUGGAUGGCCAGGUAUUUGAAAAGAGCAGGGGGUUUAAAGAACGCACAUUCAUAUCAUCUAGCCCUCGAUUUACAUCCAAGUACGUCAGUGAAUCUAGUAUAAACGCCUCAAGCAGUUUGGUCAUGGCAUACUGGCCAAAUACCUGA